UUUUCAAAAGAGAAAAAAAAUAAAAAUGAAAUAACAAUAUAAAAUUGUAGUAGAAAGUAGAAACAUAGAUUUAGACAAAAAUUGAUGAUAUCAUUGUUUGUAUCGUUUUAGACGGCAGAUGAAGCGGUGAACCCUAACUAUAUUCCUUCCUCUUUGGUCCACUUGUCUUCCUUAAUCAUGUCUUUUUUGGCGGUGCUCUUAAUUAUACUGCCAUUUUCCCUCUUUUCUUAACACCGACAUUUUCCAAAUUCAACACAAAAUUCAUUAAUUCCUUCUUCUAAUGCUUUCUGGGUCGGUGGUUGUUUCUCUUCCUUCGAUCCAGAUUUUUGCCACCAGUUAGGUCAUUGUUUCAAGUUUUCUGUUGACAUUUUUAGUGAAAAUUAAGGACUGAAACUUGAAUCACAUGUUAGUGAAAAGCCAAAACAAAGGGGAUGGAUCCAAGUCCCUCGCCGAUACAUUGGCAAAAUGGAAAGAAUACAAUGCUCGACUUGAAUCGAGCGGGGAAGCUGCGAAGCCAGUUAGGAAAGUUCCUGCCAAGGGAUCGAGAAAAGGGUGUAUGAAAGGUAAAGGAGGACCCGAGAAUUCGCGCUGUAAUUACAGAGGUGUUAGGCAAAGGACUUGGGGAAAAUGGGUUGCUGAAAUUAGGGAGCCAAACAGAGGAAACAGGCUCUGGUUAGGUACAUUUCCAAAUGCAGUCGGCGCUGCUCUUGCUUAUGACGAAGCAGCGCGGGCAAUGUACGGUGCUAGUGCGCGCCUGAACUUUCCUAAUGUAGAAGUGUCCAAUUUCUCUAAUUUGGAAUCUUUGAAAGAUUGUGUAGAUCAAUCUGGUUUUGUAAAGACAGCAUUGGAGAAUACCGAGUCCAAGAUAUCGCCAGAUAACGCUUGUGUAGAUGCUGCUGAAGAUGUUGACAUGAAACAUCUUUCCUUAUCCUUAAGUGUGACUGUGAAUCACGAGGAAAAAAGAGGGUGAUUCGAAGACUAGUUGAUCACAUCCUUCAUCAUCUUGAUGUAAGUUUUGCAUAGAGCUUUUAGACUUCAUUGCUAUCAAUGUAAUAGCUAGGAUGAAUAAUCUUGAUGAUAGUUGAACUACCAGGAGAUUAGAUGUUGCAAAAUUAACUCUAUUGUGAACUGUUCAAUUCUUCUGGUAUUGACCUAUUGCAACUUUGUAAGCUGGAUAUUUAGUCAAGUUCUAAGAUGUGAAAUUUUUGGCUUGCCUAAUAUAUAUUAAUGGUGUCA